CCAAGUACAAACAGUGAUCAGUGAAGUGCAAGGUUCUGCUGAUACCAACUCGUCUUAUUCUACUGCAGUAAACAGAAGCCGGCUGUACUAUUCGUGCCAGCUAGAGGGAAAAUUACGUAUGGUAUUCCUAAGAAUUCAGAAACUAUAACAUUGAUACAUGGUUUUGAUAACGUCAUCCUGCAAUCACAAGAAAAUCUGAAAAAUUCAAACAUGGAAAACAAUGAAGAUAAUGAAGUAAUUUCGGUUCGUUUACUGAAUCGAUACUCAUCAAUUCCGUAUUCAUCAAAGUCAACCGAAGUGCAAACCAUUUCCUACGAAAAUGUUGAAGAAUCGAUCUACCCCUAUACAAGUAAUAGCCUAAACAACGAAGAUGAAACCGAUUCGACAACGCUUCAAAAUAGUUCUUCAAAUCCUAUUUUUCCAAUUCUUGAAAUCACUAAUAAUGCUACUACUACUUCUACUACUACAACUACUGCUACAACUACUACUACAUCUACUACUAGUCGACCAAUUACACAAAACUCAUAUGAGUAUGACUGGUCGAGCUCUCGAAUAGAAAUACCAGAUUCCGUGGAGGCAUCAGUUGAAAAUUGGUCGAUUCCUAUUGAAGAACUACCUUUGCCAACAUCAACACAUCUGCCGUCAUCAUCUGCGAUGGUGAUAACAACCACAAGUACUGAGCCAACUAUAGCACCGCAAGCAAAAAUUAUUGGAGAACGAAAGCGUGUUGCAAGGAUGUAUGAUGAGUAUCAAAAACCACCCGAAAUGGAUUUAAGGCGAAUGAACUUUGGCAAUUUGAACGGGUUCCGUUUCAAGGAUUUAUUUCCACAAGGUUCAAUUCCCGAAAGCAUGGAACAACCAAAUUCGAAACACUACGCGCGACCACAUUCUGGUGCGAGCUCUGGGUGUCCAUGUGCUAAACGGCACCAAGAAUCUUACGACUACACCGAGGAUGGCGAUGACUAUUUCGACAACCAACAACCUCCGAACGUUCAAUUUCCUCGCAUCAAACGACUUCUCGCCGGCAAGAGUUCAACUCUAGAAGAUGAACUACCGGAAACGGAUUUAAGCAUCGAACGAGCCGAACGUAUGCAGGGCGCUCUUGAGCGAAUUAUGGGAAUAGUGACAAUCAUAUCGCACGUCGAUAAUUUUAUCCAGAAGAAAACAAAACAGUCAAUAAAACGAUUGGCACGUUUGUAUGAUAGCAGUGAAGAAUAGAUGAAUUUCUGAUAAGAAGUAAAAUCAA